GCCGAAACUAGGGUUACGAAAUACGAACUGCUCCUCCCCCUACUUCUUCCUUCCACCUGCUGACACAGGGUCCCUCUUUUCCCUCGCUCUUACUGUGGGUCGCUGCAUCUGCACGGAAGAGAGGAGUGUAGUCUUUUCCAUUUGUGGGCCUUUGGUUCGUCUGUGUUGAAUCGGCGGCUGAGGAGGAGGAGGAGGAGCAGAGAUGGCUCUGGCCUUCGACGAGUUCGGUAGGCCGUUUUUGAUCAUCAGGGAGCAGGAGAGCAAGACCCGGCUAAGGGGCCUUGAUGCCCAGAAGGCGAACAUUGCCGCCGGGAAGGCGGUCGCCCGCAUUCUCCGGACGUCUCUUGGGCCCAAGGGGAUGGACAAGAUGAUCCAAUCGCCUGACGGAGAUGUCACCAUCACCAAUGAUGGGGCAACAAUCUUAGAGAGUAUGGAUGUUGACAAUCAGAUAGCCAAGCUAAUGGUUGAGUUGUCAAAGAGUCAGGAUUAUGAGAUUGGUGAUGGAACCACCGGUGUGGUUGUAAUGGCUGGUGCACUUCUGGAGCAGGCUGAAAGGUUAUUAGAUCAGGGUAUUCAUCCCAUACGGAUAGCAGAGGGCUUUGAGAUGGCUUCGAGGAUUGCUGUGGAGCAUUUGGAACAUAUUGCUCACAAGUUUGAGUUCAGCUUGACCAACAUUGAACCACUAGUGCAGACUUGCAUGACUACACUAUCUUCAAAGAUAGUCAAUCGUUGCAAGCGAUCACUUGCUGAGGUUGCUGUUAAAGCAGUACUUGCUGUUGCUGAUUUGGAAAGGAAGGAUGUCAAUUUGGAUUUAAUUAAAGUUGAAGGAAAGGUUGGGGGGAAAUUAGAGGAUACUGAGCUGAUAUGUGGCAUAAUUGUGGACAAGGACAUGAGUCACCCUCAGAUGCCUAAACGGAUAGAAAAUGCUAAAAUUGCCAUCUUAACUUGCCCCUUUGAGCCACCAAAGCCCAAAACUAAGCAUAAGGUGGACAUUGACACUGUGGAGAAAUUCCAAGCCUUACGGAAACAGGAGCAGCAGUACUUUGACGAGAUGGUUCAAAAAUGCAAAGAUGUGGGCUCCACUCUCGUUAUUUGCCAGUGGGGAUUUGAUGAUGAAGCAAACCAUCUUCUGAUGCAUCGUGGACUUCCUGCUGUUAGAUGGGUUGGUGGUGUGGAAUUGGAGCUGAUUGCAAUUGCAACAGGUGGAAGGAUUGUGCCAAGGUUUCAAGAAUUGACACCGGAGAAGCUAGGGAAGGCUGGAUUAGUUCGAGAAAAAUCAUUUGGCACUACAAAAGAUAGAAUGCUUUAUAUUGAACAGUGCGCAAACUCAAGGGCUGUUACAAUCUUCAUCCGUGGUGGGAACAAAAUGAUAAUCGAGGAGACCAAGCGUAGUAUUCAUGAUGCUUUAUGUGUUGCAAGGAAUUUGAUUCGUAACAACUCAAUUGUUUAUGGUGGAGGAGCUGCUGAAAUAUCUUGCUCAGUUGCUGUGGAGGCAGCGGCUGAUAAAAAUCCUGGAGUUGAGCAGUAUGCAAUCAGGGCCUUCGCAGAUGCACUGGACUCCAUCCCUAUGGCAUUGGCAGAAAACAGCGGCCUUCAGCCAAUUGAUACAUUAACUGCUGUUAAGUCUCAGCAGAUAAAGGAAAACAAUCCUCACUGUGGAAUAGAUUGUAAUGAUGUUGGAACCAAUGACAUGCGUGAGCAGGAUGUGUUUGAAACACUGAUCGGUAAACAGCAGCAGAUACUUCUGGCGACACAGGUGGUGAAGAUGAUACUCAAGAUCGAUGAUGUGAUCAGCCCUUCGGAUUACUGAUCAUUGGUUUUCUUGAGAAGAAGCUGUCAUCGCUUUGGUGUUUGCUGCUCGAUUGCAUUUAGUUCAAUGAUAUAGCAUGUUUGGACACGACCUAUAAGCGUUCAUCAUGUUUUUGUGUCAACAGUCCUGCACCUUUUCGGUUUUUUCGUGUCUUUGAAUCUUUUUUUCUGUGAUUGCCCUCUGCUGUAUCAUCUUUUUGAGCUGAUUACGAUGCUUCUCAAAAUGACAAUUUUGUAGCUAAUUUAAUUAGCUUAGUUAUUCUUGGUUUUAUAUAA